CGGGGGCGUGACGUCAACUCGAACACCUACUCUCGCCCUCCUCCAAAGGAAAACAGCUGUGAGCAGGGGGUGGAGCCAGGAGGAAACAGUUGCUGCUCUGCAGUAACUUCUGAGGGUCUGAAGAAGGGUUGUACUUCAGGGCGCUGUUCAGUUAUGGAGGUGGGAUGAAGCCAAGUCACAGGGAAAUUGCACCACUCCUGAACUAGGACAGGCAAGCUUGACAGCCAGCUAUGCCAAUAGCAGUGGAGCCUCUAGGAGUUAGGGCGGGCCCAGCUGAAGACCGGAGACUGCAGAUGCAGUUCUAGGCACAGUUUACAUUAGCCAUGGACUUCUCACAGAAUUCCCUUAGAUGGGUCAUGUGUAAUGGAAUUCCACCUGAUAAGAAAAGCAACUGUCUUGUGUCUGAAGAACAUGGGCAACAAAUUUUAAAUGUAUUACAGAAUUUUAGAGAGAAGAAUGUCUUUUAUGAUUUUAAGAUAAUUGUAAAAGAUGAAAUAAUCCCAUGCCAUCGUUGUGUAUUAGCAGCAUGCAGUGACUUUUUCAGGGCUAUGUUUGAAGUAAACAUGAAAGAAAGAGAUGAUGGGAGUGUUACCAUUAGUAAUUUGUCCCCCAAAGCAGUGAAAGCUUUUCUUGAUUAUGCCUAUACUGGAAAAACAGAAAUAACAAAUGACAACGUGGAAAUGUUCUUCCAGUUGUCAUCAUUUCUUCAAGUUUCAUUCCUUUCCAAAGCUUGCAGUGAUUUUUUAAUAAAAAGUAUUGAUCUUGUCAAUUGUUUACAGUUGUUGUCAAUAUCAGAUAGCUAUGGUGCUUCCCAUUUGUUUGACCAUGCACUCAAAUUUGUACAGCAUCACUUUUCUCUGUUACUCAAAUCCACCGAAUUCUUAGAGAUUAAUUUUGGAAUAUUACAAAAAUGUUUGGAAGCAGAUGAAUUAAAUGUUCCUGAAGAAGAAUCUGUGUUGAAAGCAGUUCUUAAUUGGACCAAACAUAACCUGGAAUCAAGGCAAAAACAUCUGCCUCAUUUGAUGAAAAAGGUACGCUUAUAUCAGUUAUCUGAGGAGACUCUUCAGGACUGCCUGCUUUCUGAAGAUCAUUUACUCAAAAGCACCAAGUGCUUUGAUAUAAUCAGAGAUGCAAUUAAAUGUGUGCAACGUUCCAGUGGACUCUAUCCAGAUGCACGUCCAUCCACAACUGAAAAAUAUAUAUUCGUUCACAAAACUGAAGAAGCAGGAGAAAAUCAGCACACAUUUUGCUAUAAUAUUAAAACAGAUAAAUGGAAAGUGCUGCCGCAGACUCACAUGAUUGACUUGCCGGGGUCUAGUCUAUCUAGUUAUGGAGAAAAAAUAUUUAUGACAGGUGGUUGCAAAGGGAAAUGUUGCAGAACUGUUCGACUUCAUAUUGCUGAGUCAUAUCAUGAUGCCACUGAUCAGACUUGGUGCUACUGUCCAGUCAAGAAUAACUUCUUCUUAGUAUCAGCAAUGAAAAAGCCAAGAACCAUGCACACAUCAGUUGUGGCUCUCAAUAAAUUAUUUGUAAUAGGUGGAAAGACUAGAGGAGCUCGGGACAUUAAAAGCUUGUUGGAUGUAGACUCUUAUAAUCCUCUUUCCAAAGAGUGGUUAUCUGUAAGCCAGUUACCGAGAGGCAUAUACUAUCCAGAAGCAAGUGCAUGCCAAAAUGUGAUUUAUGUUCUUGGAUCUGAAGUAGAGAUUACGGAUGCCUUUAACCCAUCUCUUGAUUGCUUUUUUAAAUAUAAUGCCACAAGUGACCAGUGGUCUGAACUAGUAGCAGAAUUUGGUCAGUUUUUUCAUGCAACAUUGAUCAAAGCAGUGCCAGUAAAUUCCACAUUGUACAUAUGUGACCUUUCUACCUAUAAGGUUUAUAGUUUUUGCCCAGACACUUGUGUUUGGAAGGGAGAAGGAUCUUUUGAAUGUGCAGGAUUUAAUGCAGGUGCAGUUGGAAUUGAAGACAAAAUAUACAUAUUAGGUGGUGAUUAUGCUCCAGAUGAAAUUACAGAUGAAGUGCAGGUCUACCACAGCAACAGAUCUGAGUGGGAAGAAGUGUCACCAAUGCCAAAGGCAUUAACUGAAUUUUACUGCCAAGUGAUUCAAUUUAAUAAGUACAGGGACCCCUGGUUUUCUACCUAUUUGGAUUAACAGCAUGUGGUAGAAUCCCUUUCUAAAAUUAUUUCACUUAAAAGACAAAUACAGUAAACUUUAUCUGGCAUGAUUGAGGAAAGGCUUGUACUUACUAAUCAAAAACUAUGAUUAACUGAGAACUAUCACAUAAAUUCUUAAAGAUUGAUAUUUAUAUUUAAAUACACACAUGUAUUUAUACAUAUGUAUGUCUCACACAUAUUAUAUACAUAAUUACCAAUUCUUUUAGAAUGUAGAAAAUGGGAAAGAAUUUAAUACCAAAACAUCAAGUAUGGCCACAGACAAUCUACUUUGUUAUAAAGGUGUUGCAAAUUGGAUCAACUCAGGAAAUUAAAGAUCUUUGAGGUAUUUUUAAAAACCACUAAAACAAUGCUGAGGAUAAUUUAAUCUUACUCUGAAGAUAAACAAGUCUUCUGGAAAGACUUUUAUAUGCACCAAAGUCUUCAGCUUGGAUAAUUCAAUGAUUUAAGUACCUAAUCCACAGAACUUUAUUCAAAGUAAAACAAAACCAAAGCUUAUUGACCUUGGCUAUUAGAAGACAAAAGGCUGUCAAGAUAAUUUUUAAAAUAGGGAAAACUUACACAAAUCUAUUAUGUAAAGUGGAAAAAGAAGUCCAAAAUAGGUGGGAUUUCUUAAAUUCAUAUCUUUCCUUGGGAAAAAAGCAAGGAGGCUCUGGAAAGUUCCCAGGAAGAUGAAGGAAGUUAUUUUGGAUGUUUGUAAGGAAACAAUUAUGUAUAUGUUUUCUUUUGACACCAGUGCUUGCCUUGGGAGACUUUUUGAGCUAUCAUGCUUUUCCCCCAUCUGUGCUGUUAACAAAGAGAUCUGGUCAGUGAUUGAGAAAAACAGGUAAUAGAAUGUUUACUAUAUAAAUAUUUUAAUUUGCAAAGAUUAUGAUGCAUAUAUAUACAUGGUUCUAUGGUUGUUAUGUAUUUGAUUUGUACAUAAGAUCAUAGAUCUAGAACUGGCAAGAACCUUAGAGGCCAUCAAGGCCAUCUCCAUUUUAUAGAUGAAGCCAAGAAAAAAAUAAAGUUAUUUGCCCAAAGUCACAAUUAUAUAUAGUCAAUGGAAAUUUAUUUCAUUAUUUAUUUUGCCAUAGCUUGUGAAACCUUAUCCUUUUUAUUUUUUUUUAGUAUUAACUUAAUCAUGAAUGAACAUGAACAUUUCAAUAUGCAAAGAAAAAAAAUUAUUUAUGAAACUUCCAACUAAAUAGGUCAUAUGUGAAACUGAGUUUUUCAAAAAUAUUCAAAGUUCAUUUUGCAAUUCAGGACUAAUGUUAUUUAACCCUUCAUAAAAGAAAGCCAUCACUUUUUUUAGUUAAAAUUACUUGUUAAAGUACUUCAAUGAGACUAUUUCACUCUCGCAAGUUAAUCUGAGUUAACUUGAGGUUUUAUCUUUUUUUUUUUUUUUUUUUGCAAUAAUCUCCUUUCUAAAUCAUAAUUAGCUAAAGCCUCUUGGAUUAGAACUAUUUGUGUAACUAGUAUUUGAAAACACAUGAUUUUUCAGUGGGUUGUUAAAAUGUGUCCAGAUAUGUGGCAUAUGACUCAAACUUUAAAUUCUUUUACUUUCCUUAUAGGAAGCCAAGCAAAGCUGAAUGGCAAGAAAAGUUUACUAAUAAUAAUUGAUUUUAUAUAAUGUUUUAAAGUUUGCAAAGGCUUUACAUAUAUUAUCUCAUCUUAGUCUCACAGAAAUCAUGUAAUAUAAUUUUUUUUUUUGACAAAUUUGGAAACAGGCUCAGGAAGAUUAAAUGAUUAACCUAUCAUCAUGAAUGGAGUAAUGUCAGACAGAUUUCAAACUCAGAUCUUGAACUGAAAUUCAGUCAUUUUCUAGAUCCAGUAUUUUACUCAUUAAAGCAUACCCUUGAUAUUUAGUUUGCCUAGUUUCUCUCAAAAGUUUAGGUGAAAUUAUUUUAAUUGUCACUCAGUUAAGGUAAUCAGAAAUUUUACCUCUGUUUACAUUAGUUGGAAAGUAAAUAUCAAAUGCAGCCUAGAAAAUAAUUGAAAUCUCUCAUUCUUCCCCUCUUACUCAAGAGGAGACAUCUUUUAAAAUGAAGUACAAUACUAUAUAAAUGAGGUAUAAAUUUGAGAUGUUCCAUAAGUUUAAUAGAUGAAUGAAGUUUAUUCUUUUUAAAAAGCACUUAGAUGAUUAUUGUUAGCCUUUUUACUGAUAAUCUUCCCAAAGUGUGUUACAUAGUUCUCUGCCUUCAUAUGUGUUGUCUUAUGCUCUGAAUAUGUUAUCAAUUAUUGAUUACUUGAGGCACAGUCCGCUAUAGAGCAUAGACAGCCAGCAUUGGAGUCCAGAUGACCUGCAUUCAGUCUUCUGACAGGCUAGUUUAUGUGACACUGGGCAAAACACUUAAAUCCCUCACUGCUCUAGACAACUCUUUAAACAGUAACACUUGUUGAUCUGCAUUGGCAGAGGGAAUUUCUGCUCUGGGAAAUUUCCUAUUCAAUGAAGUUAUAGGUCCAUUUUUUAAAAACAAUUGUUGAUUCAAUGUUAUCAUUCUAAAUUGUAUUGUGAUGGAGUGACACCUGGAUGGGUUAGUGAUAUGUGUAAUAGUGCUCUCUCCUUCCUUGCUUUGUUUUCUCAAACUUUAAUUGUGCUUCAGGUCAUCAUAUCCUUUCAGUGUCUAGUCUUCUGCCCCUAGUUAAUAAAAGUUUGGUUUAAUUUUGUCUACAAUUCUAAGCUGUGAACUUUGAUCUAAGGAUAGUUCUAUACAUUUUCUGUGGAGAAAAGUGCAUGGCUUUCUAACAGUUAUUUUUCCUUUAAGGCAAUUUUCCUAGCUAUGCCCUACAUGAGUGAGAUUUCCUUUCUGGAUAAGUAAAACGUUUCUUAAAUUACAAAUACUCAAAUUUGAACUUUAUUAAGAAGUUUCAUGUCUUGAAGUGUAACUAUGUACCUUAUGAACUUGUGAAUGUAAUUAUUUAUGCUAAAUACAAAGCAUGUUAACUUGGCACUAGUAAAACCAUAUAAUACUCUUUUAUGAGUUAAGAAAAAGAACUGGAUGUUUUGGCAUUUACCUUAUAUAUACGUGUUUUAUAAGUAUGCUUAUAUUGGAAUAUUGGAAUUGAUUAAAACUGAUAUUUUUACUAUAGCACAUAAAUGUAUGCAAAGCAUUUGGUUGCUAUGUAAUAUAUUCAUUUUUAUAUAUGCCCAAUCUGAACAAAACUCUUAGUAAAAAAAAAUCUGAUAUUUGGAGUUUUCUGAGUCUAGAAUGUAUUGUUAAGUGGUUUUUUAAAAUGUCUUUUAAAGGCAAAUAGAUUUAAUGCUUUUAUUGUAUUUCUUAGUUGAUGACACAUUUCUCUGGCAGAUGCCUUCCAGUUAAAUGAUCUGACAUAAGAAAAGAUUAUGGCCUAGUGUCCAGAACUAUAACUAGAAAUUUUUCACUUGAGGCAAAAACAGCUCUGAGAAAGAUUGUACUAAAAAAAAAAAAAAAAUUGUCUAGUAAUUUUCACCCCUGAAAGUGAGAAAAAUUCAUAGUUGGACCACACCAUUUAAUAACUAACAAAUUUGAUGGAAUCACACUCUUUUUACUACUAUUGUAAAGUCAGCAACAAUAUCAUAUUUAAGUACUCUAGAUUAAGUUAACUUAAUACCUUUCUUCAGACAUAAAUUAAUCAUUUGAACUACUACAAAUCCAGUGCAAUCUAAAACUUGUUUUCAUUAUAGAUCCUAAAGCAAUUUUAACCACAUGAUAACAUUUGACACACAUCUGGAACACUUAUUUCCAAAGAAUCUUAAUGAUAAAACAGUAGAAUCUGAAAGUUAGGUCAUUGAGAUCAUCUAUUCCAACUCCUUCAUAAUACAAGAGUAUCCUUUACAGCCUCUUUGAUAGGUGAUUAUCUAGUCUCUAUCUUAAGUUUUUUCCUUAUUAUGGAAUUGAACUAGAUUCUCCUUCCCUGAUCCUAGUUUUUCAGUAUCUAUGAAGUUAAAAUUCAAUUCUUCUAUAUGACAACUCUUCAUUUUAAAAGAGCCAAAUCAGAUAGAGGGCUAAAUCUUCCUUUUCACACAUUUUUUCUUCAAGUCUUUCUUUUUAACACAUUCUAGCUGUGACAUCAUUUAACCUCCAGGUACACAGAGCACUGAUCUAUAUUGGUAUUGGUUUCCAUUCUGGGAUUUCUCUUUACCAAUUAGAUCCAUAAACAAAAAAAUACACUCCUUCUUUGACUUUCCUUUCUAGGCUAAACAAGCAGAAUUUCUUAUGUUUUUCAUCAACGUGCUACUGCCAGCCAUAGUUGUCCUCCAAUUUAUCCAUGAUUUUCUUAAAAUGCAGCACCUACUAACAAUACCAACUUUUUCAUGUGAUCUCUUUUUAUAAAGAAUGACAAUUAAGCUUUUGGUUUUGUUAAUUGUUUUUCUGUUUACACAUAGCCUGUAUUCCAGUGGUCUUCUCUGUCUUAAUCAUGUAGUUAUGUAUAUUCUAACUUACUGUAAUCUUUGGAAGGACAUGCAUCUGCAAAUUUUUUAGCUGCUUCUUAAGAAACUAAAUAUCUUGUUAACAUCAAAUGUCAAUAUAAAAUACAGAUUGUACAUCUUCCCAAUGGAUAUAAUUACUGUUGCUUGACUGCAGCUGCAUUCCAUAUAGGUGUCAUAUUAUCUUAUGUCAUCAAGUACAAAAUGAUAUACUUUGCUUUCUGACCUCAUACAAAGUUUAAAAAAUACAGGAGUGGCUAUAUGUGUUAUAAACAAUCAGAGUUUAAUAGUAGACCAAGUAACUAUAAUAGUUUUACUGAAAAUACAACAUAUACUCAUUUUCUUAUAUUAAGGAAAUGGAAUAACAUAAUCAAAUGCACAGAUGAGGAAUUGAAUGAUUUUGAAUUUUACCUUCCUCUUCCCCUAUGGUGAAGCUAUUAAUGAAUAAUGAAAUGGAGAAAAGGUAAACAAGACUAAGUAGAAAAAAGACAAAUGGCCUAGAACUCUGCUUUCUGAAAAAAAUAAUCUGUGGGAAAUAAGGAGUUGAGAUUAGUAGAAUCAAGAUCUUGCACCUGAGCCCCAAUCAAUAGGGUUUGGUUAUGCAUAAUUGUCACAAUUUUUUUUUUCCAGUUUGGGGAGGGGAGAGGAAAGAAAAAAAUUGUUAUUGAAAAAUGUAAAUAAGUUCAAAAAUUUUUUAAACAAUUUUUUUUUAUUUUAAAAUCAGAUCGAUGGUUUAUAUUAUCACUUAAAACUUUAAAUUCUUAUGGAAAGGAAAUCUCUUAUUUUAAAUUCAGAUUAAAGAUUUUAGUAAGCACAGAUUAAUGUCCUAAAAAAUUUCAAUGCCAAAGACCUUUUGUGACAUUCUUGUAACAAAUCCAAUUUUGACAUAGUCUAGUUUCUUUGGAUAUUAGAUUAUUAGGUCAAAUCAGAAAGAUAAUACUUUUAUGUUUUCAUUCUUCAAAUAUAUGUCAAUAUUUCUUAGCAAUAGAGGUUAUUAUUUUUUAUACAAAGUAUUACUGAGAGGUUUAUAACUAUAUAUAUAGACCAGUUAAAGUAACUGAAGCAAGAGGCUUUGAAUUAAGCCCAAUUGCCAUUCAAUUUCAGUUUACAGGUCACCUAACUUUGUUCUGUUUCACAGAUACCAACAGAACCUCAAACGCUGAGGGGCCUAUUGUUUGCAUGUCAUUGGCUGCCAGAGGGACCAGGCUGUAAUGUAUAAAUGGCUGACUUCACAUAAAUGAGAAAAAUAACUCAAAAUACAAGUUCUAUUGAUUAUAAAUACUAUCUUUUUGAUGUUUAAACGAGAUCUUAGAUUCCAAAAUUAUUGAUUUUCUAAGGCAUAGAGAAGUUAAAUCACUUGCCUAGGAUAACACAGCUAGUAAAUGUUUCAGAUAAAUUUGAAUCUAGGUCUUCUUGACUUCAAAUCUUUUGCCUGGUCCAUAAUUAUACCACACUGUUUUUCUAAAUGCAAAAUGCACAUUCACAAUCUGCAUGUCAUAACUGUAACUGAAUGCAGGCUUUUGUAUAUUAUACUUUAUAUAAACUUUAAUGUAUAUAGUGCAACUUCUUUCCAUAUAAGAAGGAAACUAUUUUGAUAUAUGGCAGAAUGUUACAUUUUAGAUUGCUACUAUGUUAUAAUUUAUAUGUAUAGAAGCAUGUGUCCUAUUUUUUGGUACAAUUUAAAAUUUAAAUUCUACAAAGUUUAUCAAGGAUAUAAUGUAUGUGCAAUUUUACACAUAAAUAAAAUCAAUUUUAGAGGCUU